CGCGUUCGAGUUCCAUCCAGAGCAGAGGCAGCGCUAUCGACGAGGUCUCGGGAUGCGGGCCACGGCAUGCAGGACACCACCCCAGAUCUUCACGCUGCAAGGGCAUCGCCGCCGUGCACAGGCCAUCGGUACGUCGCGCGCGGCGCCGCGGUGGUGACUUGCGCGCCUUUCGCAGCAUGCCAUCGUUCACGCUGCCAUUCACCCACACGCCGCUUGACGGCAGUGACGGCCGCGGUCGCUCCUUCCAUCAGAGCAUCCAGGAGUGCGCGGCGCCGGGUGUCGCCAUGAGCGCGUAGCAGAAGUCACUCGCUUCUUCCGUCCCGCACCACCUCCCCGGUACCGCAUUCUAGCAGUGCAUCUCAGCGGAACUGGCUGGACGAGCUCAUCAUGGCCGACGCGCGCGCCAUCCUCUCAACGGUGCUCUACUGCGCUUGGUGGCCCACUAGCAAGCUGCUGCUGGCCAUCCGCGCCAUCCUCUCGCCCUUCUGGGCCAUCCUCCAAUUCGUGUUUCUCCCGCUUAUCUACCUCGUGCACGCCAUUCUUGCCGUCAUCCUGCUUCCGUUCAGACUUCACUUGCUGGAGCGAUUCGAGACUAUUUACAUAUGGCUUGGAAUCGCUAGCUUGAUCGGUUGCGUCACCGGAGGGGCCCUAUUCCUGCUCUUUAGGAUCCUCUCUUCGGCGUUGAACAUCGACGCCGCCGCUGCUGAGUCCAAGACCCGAGACCGAGGCAGGACGGCGAAAGAGUAUCGAGCGGCUAGGCACGAGAGGAAACGGGCAGCAGCGGAUGGCUUUUCGAGCUCGAGUUCAACUGCGGUGCACAAGGCGGCAAAACCGGACAGGCGAGGACUUUCAUCGCAGACCAUCAUUGAAGAGGAGUCGGAGUUUUGACGUGUGCCGAAUCGGGUAGGCGAUGUGGGCAGAAAAGCCUUCAUGACACUCUUCAGAAGAGACCAGUAAUCUAUGCUCAGAUUUGAUCGCGUACCAGCUUGCCGCACACCCCAAAGCGCAUAGAGGCCUUGCGUUCUGGACAAGCGGAGUGUAUUCCGAUCAUUGCAAGGGUCCUGUGGAAGUAUUGCUUUCGAAGUCGGGACGCUGAACCAAGAGUGCCAGAGCCCUCUCGUCGAGUUCCGUUGAAC